GUGCAAAGAAAAAGUGUUUGGUCCUGAAGAUAAUAGGUUAAAAAAUCCUUCAGUAAUACCUUCAUCUAAUGAAAGGCAAGAAGCUAUGAAGUUGAUCAUUAAAUGGAUCCAGUUUGUGUUCUUCCAUAAAGAUAUAAAAGAUCUAAAAAAUAAUUCAUCUUUAUGUCCUAAAAGUGUUUUAAGCUCACAUUUUCCUUUUCUAGAUGAUGAUGGUGUUUUACGGGUGGGAGGUCGGCUGCAAAAUUCUGACUUGGCAUUCAAUGUUAAACAUCCUAUAAUUAACCCUGUCAACACACGAUUGCCUUGUUACUUAUUAAACAAUAUCAUAUAUAAAUUAUCAUCUAAUAAUCAAUUAAUGGGAAACUUACCAAAACAAAGAGUGACACUUGAGAGACCAUUUUUUUUUAGCACAGGCAUUGAUUAUAGUAGUCCUGUAAUUUUGAAAUGUUACAAAGGUCGUUGCCUUAAGACCAUUAGAGGUUAUGUAGCUUUGUUUGUAUGCCUAGCUACCAAAGCUUACCAUGUUGAGGUAGUUAGCGACUUAACUGCAGAUUCUUUCAUUGCUACUCUUUGA